GAUGUCGCCGCGAAGACGAAUGGAUCAUCCCGUGGAAGGUGCCAGUCUGGAGGACAUCGUCAAGUAUGUGCUGAAGCAUACGAGGCUUACAGACGUGCGCGCGCGGUACUUGAUCGUCGAGAUUCUUAAGGCCGGAAUUGCUCUGGGUAGAAUCAAAAGGACUCCGUACUCCACUUACGUACUCGCGUCCUCCAAGACCACCGCGAUCGCCAAAAGAAUCACGGAGCCCAAAUUCCGCAACAGUAGCAGCUGCAGCUCGUUCUCGGAAUGAUCAUCAGCAAUAAUAAAAUUAAUUAAACGUGAGGUUGUACAAUG